CUGGGCAACACAUGCUUCGUGAAUGCCACCUUGCAAUGCCUUACCUACACACCAGAACUGCAGCAGUACAUGGUGCAGUACCAGGCUAACCAUUGCCCAAAUGCCUCCGACUGCAUAAUGUGCGCACUGGCCCAGCACAUGCAGUCAUGCUUCCACGACAGUAAGAGGAUAUUGAAGCCACAUAAUAUUCUGCAGCUAUUAAAAGCUCGUCACAUGCGAUGGGGGCGCCAGGAAGACGCACACGAGUUUCUCAGGUUCCUCAUUGACGCUCUCCACAAAUCCUGCCUAGCUGCAUCAAAGCAGUCUGACGACGACGAUGACGACGUUUCGUUUAUUCACCACUUAUUUGCAGGCCAACUCAGGAGUCAAGUCAUAUGCGACAUGUGUCAGUGGACGUCGAACACGUACGACCCUUUCCUCGACAUCUGCCUCGAUGUCAAGACAUCAUCAUCCAUCACGCAGGCCCUCCAGUCGUUUGUCACGUGCGAACUCCUCGACGGCGACAACUCCUACUUCUGUUCCAGUUGCAAGAAGAAUGUGACAGCUCGUAAGUUGUUCUCCAUUCACAAGCCACCACGCAUCCUGACACUGCAGUUGAAGAGGUACGGUAUGAGUGGUGGCAAAGUGACGAGGCACAUCACCUUCCCUCAUCAGUUCAACGCCCAUCCCUACACCAGCUCAUCCCUACAGAACAAUCCAACCUGCAUGUACGACCUGUACGCGGUGUUGGUUCACGACGGGCACAGCACAAACUCGGGUCAUUAUUAUUGCUACGUCAAGACAAAGGCAGGCCUCUGGUUCUGCAUGAAUGAUCACAUGGUGAGGCAGUCAACACUGGACGAAGUGUUAUCCUCCGAGGCCUACUUACUCUUCUAC